AUGCGCUUCUCCAUCACCACCAUUGUCUCUCUCGUCACCGCUUCUGCUACCCUGGUCAGCAGUGCUUCCAUCAUGCGCCCAGACGGCGACAACGGAUCCUGCGCCCAGCUCCACCGUAUAUGUGCUGGACAGGUUCAGUACGAUCUCAACAACGUCUGGGCUAUAGAGUCCUGUCUAUUUGCGGGUAUCUGCUACGAGAGACAGAGUGCCAACUUGGAUCAUUUCUUGGCGCCUCCCAACAGUCUGACUUCCCAAAGGGUCCCGCCGCCUGUCUUCGUUACUAUCUCGAAGGGUGGACAGACGAGUACUCAGCAGAACUAUAUCGACGCAUACUAUGGCACUCUCGACGUCACCCAUGGGCCAUACCCGACCAGCCCUGAACCCGCCAUUUUUGACUAUCACCGUAUGGCGUCCUGGACCGGCUUCUGCGACGGCGUCAUCCCGUACCAAAACUUUGCCGACUAUUUCCAGUUCAGCGCCACCCGUCCCGCGAAUUUCUGCCCCAACCUGAACCACUUCGGGUUCAGCGCCUCUCGUCCCGCACAAGCUCCUGCGAAAUUCUGCACCUAG